GUGCGCCUACACUCUCGUUUUCUCUCUUUCAUUCAUAAGUAAUUUACUGCAAAUCUCAGAAUACCUCUACGGCAUUAUCGAUACAUACAGUUCUGUAGUCUCUCUGUAUAUAAUAUAUUAUAAUAUAAUAAUAAAAUAAAUAAAUAAAUAGUAUCAUAAUACGACGACGUACGUGGACAUUGUGAACUGUGGUAACAGCAAAUAGGAUAGAGAAGAAGCCCCAAAUUCCGAGCUGUUCGUACAUUUUUCACUGUGUUCAGAAGCCCUAAUUAUUUCUCGAUUUCUGAGCUUUCGGAUUUCGAAAACAUGUUUGGUUUUUCGAGGAGAAAGAUGAAGAUUGGGAGAGUGAAAGUUCAACUCUCGGACUCUUCUCAGGGAACUAGAAGUCCAAUACGGCACGCUAAACGGUUUAGCAGUUCCAAUGGUGAAGGUGUGGCGUUAGCAAGUAGUGAAUCGGAUGAACUUAAUUGCCAUUCUUCGUCUAAUACGCCGGAGCUUAACAACUGCUCUUCGGGCAGCUCUGAAAAUUGGAUGGUGCCUUCUAUCAGUGGAGAGAAGCCUACACCUCGCUUCAAUCAUGCAGCGGCAGUAGUCGGGAAUAAGAUGGUGGUGGUUGGUGGUGAAUCUGCUAGUGGGUUGUUGGAAGAUGUCCAGGUGCUGAAUUUUGAUAGAUAUUCAUGGACUAAGUCUUCAUCGAAGCUUUACCUUUCACCGACAAGUCUUCCUCUAAAAAUUCCAGCAUGCAAAGGUCACACUUUGGUCCCUUGGGGGAAGAAAGUACUUCUUAUUGGAGGGAAAACCGAGCCUGCAAGUGACAGAGUGUCAGUUUGGGCAUUUGAUAUGGAAGCAGAAUGUUGGUCACUUAUCGAAGCAAAGGGAGACAUCCCGGUUGCGCGUAGUGGUCAUACUGUUGUUAGGGCAAAUUCUGUCCUAAUCUUAUUCGGAGGCGAAGACAGUAAACGGAGGAAACUCAAUGAUCUGCAUAUGUUUGAUCUGAAAUCUCUAACAUGGCUUCCUCUUCAUUGCACAGGACCAAGACCAUCGCCAAGAUCAAACCAUAUUGCGGCUCUUUAUAAUGACAAAAUGCUUUUCGUUUUUGGUGGGGCGUCGAAAUCUAGGACCCUGAACGACUUGUACUCACUCGACUUUGAGGCAAUGGUAUGGUCAAGAAUUAAAAUACGAGGUUUUCAUCCUUCGCCUAGAUCUGGUUGUUGUGGAGCGCUCUGUGGAACAAAAUGGUAUAUUACAGGCGGUGGUAGUAAGAGAAAACGACCUGCGGAGACCUUGAUAUUUGAUGUAAUAAAGUUUGAAUGGUCAAUUGCCGUUGCAUCACAUCCAUCUUCCAUAACUACCAACAAGGGCUUCAGUCUAGUUCUUGUGCAGCAUAAAGAAAGGGAUAUUCUUGUUGCAUUUGGUGGUAUAAAAAAAGAUCCAUCAAACCAGGUCGAGGUACUUAUCAUGGAAAAAGUCGAAUCAUCAAUAAUUCGAAGAUCCACUUUGAGUAAAGUUGCUGGAACAUUGCUGUCUGAAAAUGGACCUUCUUCCAUAGGCUUGUCUCAACCAGGCAAUGCUGCUUCUCUUAGCGGCCAUUUUGAUUCCAUCUCGAGACUUAAUUUAGCUUCUGCAAUCGAACAUCAUGGAUCGGGUAGAAAAUCAUUGUCUGAAUCUUUACUUGUUGACCCGAACCCUGGUCCUGGUAAUGUGUCACUCAGGAAACAGUUCUAUAAUGAAGAGGAGAAUGCUGAUGCAACCACAACAAAGAUCUCGGUGGACAAAAAUUCGUUCCAGACAAUGGAGCCAAACACGAAGUUGUCAGAUUCUGGUGGUGUUGGGGUGAGCUACAACGGAGACAGAAGCACAGAAGAAAGAUCGUAUGCAUCUGAAUCAGAUAAGCAAGAAACCGAAGAUCUUAUAUUGCAAGAAAACGACGGCAAAUCAAGAAUGACAGCUCCGCCAGGUGUCUACCAGGUAAGCGAAGCCAAGUUAGCUAGCCUUAUGAGGAAGAACGGAAUCCUGGAAGGACAGCUGGCGGCUGCACUAGCGGCUCGAGAGGCGGCAGAGAAGAAUCUGUCAGCUGCUAUAAGAAGUCGGCUGGAAAUGGAGAAGAAAUUGGGAGAGGCAAUGAAGGAAAUGGAGAUGCUCAGAGAAAAGGUAACAAGUGUUGAGCUGGCACAGGAAGAGGCUAAUAGCCUAUCAAACAUUGUCCACUCGGACAACGUAAGACUCGAGCAUGACGUGGCCUUCCUUAAAGCCGUUUUGGAUGAUACCCAAAAGGAACUUCAUUCGACUAGAGGAGUUCUUGCUGGAGAGCAUGGAAGAGCGUUCCAGUUACAGGUAGAAGUUUUCCAUCUGAAACAGAGAUUACAGUCAUUGGAGCCUCGAGCACCGACACCUAGGAAACCUUACCAUGUUUAGUAUAUGCAAAAAAAAAUCCAAUUUACCACAUUAAGCAUGUGUAUGUAUUCCACGAAGCAUGUACGUACGUACCCCCCUCUCGUUUUGUGCCUGUAAUAUAUAAGCUUAACUAUCAUUACACAGCCUUUACAUGGAAUUGCUAAUAUUAUGUAAUAAGGUUCGUUUCGGUU